AUGCUGUGCUUCCCGCUGCUCACGGACCAGAUCACCAACCGGCGCCUUGUCGUGCGGGAGUGGCGCGCCGGCAUGUCCAUCGGGGACCGUGGCGCAGUGCGCGCCGAUGAGGUGAAGGCGCGGAUCGAAGGGGUGAUGGGCGGGGAAGACGACGUCAAGCUCAGGGAGCAGGUGAAGAAGCUGAGGGGCACACUCGAGGCUGUCGUGGCGCCCGGUGGCUCGUCGCGGCGCAGCUUCGACGAGUUCGUGGACGAGCUCAAGCGCCGGUGCGGAGGCAGCCACUGA